AAAGCAAAAACCACAGCCUGUCCUCCUCGCAACACCGCUCGAACCCAAGCAUGCCAAAGUCACGCUUCAAUGCGGCCCGGGAGCGAGCCCGGGCGACGCGGCACAACCCUCUCCAGCGUGCAGCUCGACAGGGUGCUACGUCCGAAGGGGGCCUCCAGGCCGUGAUCUCCGGCGGCACGGGCGACGUGCAGGAAGCCGUGAUCCCGAUCCUGAAUCACCUGCCCCUUCCCUCCUCGUCCAAGCCCUCAGCCUCGACGGACGGCGACAUCUUCUGGGCACUGACGUCGCUCACGACGCUUCUGUCACACAAGCCUUCGCGCGCCAAGCUGCUCGCGCCCCAGCACGACGUCGUGGCACGCGUCCUCCACGUCCUCAGUUCUCCAGCCUCGCACGACAAGAUCGAGAUUCAGAUGGCGGCCUCCGGGUGUCUGAGGAACAUCUGCGUCGAGGCUGGGCACAAGGCAAGGAAGACUCUCGAAAACAAGGGAGCCACGCAGAUUAUUCUGGAGCAGAUCAACGCUAUCGCGGGCACAUUGGGUCUCGUCGAGGGAGCCAAAAGGGAGGAGGCUAAGAGCGUCAAGCCCACUGUCGAGGCACAGGCGCCUGAGAAGCCUUUCGAAGAGAUGAACAAGAAGGAGAAGAGGCACUACAACAAGGCCAAGGCGCGAAUGGCCGAGGAGGGCGGAAACGAUGCUGCUGCUGCUGCUGAGGCAAUGGAGCCCGACGACGAUGACGAGGCAGCGGCCAUCGCCUGCAACCACCUCUCGAAUCUUGUCACGGUUCUCUGGUGCCUGGUAGAGGUGUCUCCACGGUCGCUUGAGGCUUGCGAUGCGGCGGCGCCCUCUCUGGCGAGCAUCUUUUGCGGUGCCGUCGCACAGUCUGUCGAAGCGCUCCAGUCACUUUCUAAUGCAUCUGCCAAUGGAGCGACGAACCACAAUGGCCAAGCGAGCAAGAGCGUCGGAGAAAAAGAUCGAGAAAAGCGAAACGAGGCGGUCGUAGAGGCUGGUCUGGCAUGCCUCAAUGCUCUCUUGGCUCUCAGCGAUUCCGAUGCCAGCUUCUCGGCGGCACUGGCCGGCAUUAGCCAGCAGGAGCUCAGGGCUGCGACGAGGGAGCAGGCGAGUAGUGCAAAGCGACGAGCCAGAGCGAAAGGCGUCGUCAUUGCCGAUGGUGACAACGGAACCGACGCCACGCAGCAGGCGGGGAUGAAGAACCUCGGCGCAUUGUCGUCGGCCGUCAUCCUCUUGAAAGUGGCUCUCGACUCAACGGCGGCGCUGAGCACGGCCCAGGCCGAGAGUCUGAAACGACAAGCAGUCAGCCUGGGCCUUGUAUCGCUUGCCACGCUCCGGAACGUCCAAUCUUCUCUACCCAGAUCCCUCCGAGAAGUUAUCAAGUUUGGGCUGCCUGCAAGCGCAGGUGGGGCCACAAUCGUCAUCAAGGUCUUCGAGGAGCAAUAUGGCUUGCCCUGCCUCCUCCAAGUCCUUCAGUCUGCCCGGGCUCGUGAGGUCAAGGCGCUGCUGGAUGGCUAUACAUUCAGGGAGACUGCAGGCGAUGAGGCAGAGGCUGAACAGACGAGCAAAUCGAGGCGUGCAUCUGAAGAGCUUCACAACAUCGAGCUUGCCUUGGAGGUCUUGGCAGAAGUUGUGGGCGACCUCGAGGCAUGGAAGAAGAGCAGGAGUCAAGAGCAAGACGAUGAUGAUGAUGAUGAUGAUGAUGAUAACGACGACGGCGAGAAGGAAAGCAUGGAGCUAGACGAGGAGAUGAUGUUUGACGACGAGACGGGAGCCGACUCGGGCUCCGCAACGGGCGACGACAGGGAAGACGGCAUGAUGGCGACCGACGAAGGGGAAGAAGAGCAGCAGCAGCAGCAGCAGUCGCAAACGAGCUUUGCAAAGACACCCAUUGCGUGCUUCCUCACUCUGGAAGUCGUCGAGCUCCUUCUUGCCCUUUCUUCCCCCUCGGACCAGAUCUCGGACUCGUAUCCGGGACAAGAGAGCAACGCACUCGCCUCGGGCCUGCGCAGCAUCUCCACUCGGGCCAUUUCAGUCCUUCACAAUGCGUUCCUGGUCCUCGCGACCGCUGCGCCGCCACCGCCUUCUCAACCCAUCACAAGUGCUUCUGGUCAAGCGAAGAAGGACAAUUUCCUGGCCUGGCUCUCUGGUGCGUCGGUCCAGACUAUUUGGCACGAGGCUUGGAUCUGGUCCUUUGAGCUCGCCGCGCGCGUCGCCUCAACGCCUGCCGUCGCUGCUUCUGAGGGGGAUUUGGAAGAGGCAAGCCAAGGGCGGGCAACGGUGGAAGCGUGCCUCGGUAUCCUGUGGAGCCUCUCGAGAUGCUUUGAGGAUGCGCCGCUGCACGAUGCACUCUGCCUUGCUCCCUCGGAGUUCCCAGACAAGACCUCAGCAGCAAGGAACGGCAUGGGCGUCGUGGCCAGCAUGAUUGCCGCCUAUCGAAGCACAAAGGGAGCGACGACGCCUGCAAAGGACGUGGUCAGUGAGCCGGAGGGAGACGCAGCCUCAAUGACGACCUCGUCGUCAUCCUCUGACGGGCUUCGGGUCAGCGCCCUCGGCACGUUGUCAGCGCUCCUUCGACGUCCGACACUCGAUGCAGAGACGCACAGGUCCGUCACGUCUUUCCUUGUCGAUGUCGUCGAUGCCGUGCCCGUCCAAGGGAGCGGCAGCGGCAGUGGCGGAGAUGCGAAGGCCAUCUCGCUCGGCUUCGCCUCUCAGACGUCGCCCGAUGGCCUCGUCGUCGCUCUCAAUGGCCUCAUUGACACAUUUGCAGACGAAACAAAGCCAUGGGACGCUUCGUACAAGGUCUGCAAGGUCGGGCCCAGGCUCAAGGGCACCAUGACAAGGGUCAAGGCCGUGGUAAAGAGCAUUGAUAAGCGAAAGACACCUAGGCUCAGAGCCAUGAUGGAAGAGACGGCCGAGAACGCACUGGCGUUUGUGCAGUACAGGGAUGGAUUGGCUUAGCAUUCACAAAAGAUUGUAUGUCAGAAGCUUCUUCGCUUCCUGGAUCUUGUAUUCCAUUGCUGCUCUACUACUACUACUGCUGCUUGUAG